AUGCUGAGUUCUUCGGGGAGAGCGGGCUACCUACUGCCUAUAGCCGUCCUUCCUGCGGAGGACUCGCCUCCCCGUGAUGCAACACGCCAGGGCUACGCAGAACACGGCGCGCCGCAGGCGACGGUCGCGGCGUCGGGGGCCGCGGCGGGCGGCGGAGGGGGCGCGGGCGGCGCGGCCUCCGGCUCGGGACCCGGCGCUAUCGACCCGGCCUCGCUGCCGCCCGGCGACGCGCAGCUCAUCGCCAUCAUCGUAGAGCAGCUGAAGAGCCGCGGCCUGUUCGACGGCUUUCGCCGGGACUGCCUGGCCGACGUGGACACCAAGCCAGCCUAUCAAAAUUUGAGGCAGAAAGUAGACAAUUUUGUAUCGACCCACCUGGACAAACAGGAAUGGAAUCCAGCAAUGAACAAAAACCAGUUACGCAAUGGGCUAAGGCAGAGUGUGAUUCAGUCAGGAAUGCUGGAAGCUGGAGUGGACAGAAUUAUUUCUCAGGUGGUGGAUCCAAAACUAAACCACAUCUUCAGGCCCCAGAUAGAGAGGGCGAUUCAUGAAUUUUUGGCUGCACAAAAGAAAGAGGAAAGUGUGCCAGCUCCGCCUCCAGAGCCUGAGAAUAAGGAUCCUCCUGCUCCAUCUCAGGAUGCGUCCUAAAGUGAGUUCCUCAUAUAAAGCAGCUACAGUUGCAAAAUAGGCGUCCUGCUAGAUUGGCAAUGGAUUCCUGGUUCCAGUUGGUGCGGGAUUGCUGACUGCCAAAGAUGAUUUACCUUUAUCAGACCUGUGGGAAGGCACUGAAAUGGGGUGAAAUUCAGAUGC